AUGUCCGACUUACGUCAAACAAGUGCGAUGUUCAACAAAUAUUUCCAAGAUCGACGUAUUCGUCGGUAUCUAAUCAGCGCCGGACUGAUUAAUCGUCAUGGUGAUAUUUUACCGCCGACACCCGAACAAGUUGCACGUGCACGACGUGUAACGCAACAACAAAUUGAAGAUAACUACUAUAACGAAAAAGAAGACGAAGGAAAGAAUCGUUCUGGCGUUAGCUUCUCUCCGAAACGAUCGCGAGCUGAAAAGAAUAAAAGCUCAAAACAGUCGCGAAAGGAUGCAUCGAAUAGUCAUCAUUCGCCAUCACCAAGCAAGAAGAAACGUGCUCAAUCUGCUUACCAAAGAUCACAAGAUUCAGUUCAGUCAACAAGUUUUAAUUCGACGAGAUCGAAGUCACCAACUCAGCCGCUGUGUGAAGUGUCGAUGAUCUAUUAUGGGCCAAAGAGUCCGUACGAUUAUGACAAUUGUUGGUUUAAACCUGAUGGCGACGAAAUAAUGGUUUCGCAGCAACAUUGUGGUGGUGAAAACCUUACUGUGUACAGAGGUCAUGUUAAACCGGGUGGUAAUGCAAAGAUUUUUCUACCUCUAUCUUGUAUAAGGGUUGAAAUCGAUUUAGGGACUUUCAAAUUCCUUUCUCGUCGUCAUCGAGGUUAUCCAUUCGCAUUGUCUUUAUAUGUCAAUGGUCUUGUAAAAAGUCGAAUAUCCGUUUGCUGUGAAUAUAAACAUAAACGUAACGUCCCAUUAGAUGGAAAGCAUGGCCUAUUUGGUAUUCAUGACGUACAAAAAGUGACGCCUUGUCUCAGUUGCCGAUAUGAACGAGAGAAGAAGAAAACACGAAAGGACAAACUCGCCUCGACAUCAGAUCAGAGUCGUUAUCAGAAAUCAACCGUGCGCCAUCCUCAGCCGGAAACACGUAAACCUCGAAGAAAGGAUAGCUUACGCAGUUCGUCAAGUGAUUCAACAACACUGCGACUGCAAUCUCCAAGAGUAUCACGUACGUCGUCGUCAGACACUGAUGAAAAACCGACAAGGCCAGUGACAGCACCUCAGUCGAACCAACACGCAAGUGCAAAAGGUAAACCAUCGUCUACGAAGAAAAACGCAAGUAAACAAAAAACAGGCGUUCACGAAGAUACCUAUCGAUCAAACUCUGAUGGUUCUCAGAACGACGACCAUCCAACAGCGAAUUCUAAACACAGUUCGUUACCAUCAGCAACAUCGAAAAACAAGCCAGCCAGUCCUGUUAAAGCGAAUGGUAACUCCGAUACUCAGACUUAUACGAAAAAAUCAUCGAAACCAGCGUCGAAGAAACAUUUUGGUAGUGAAGGCAGCGAUCAAUCAUCGGAGACAACAGCGAAAAAAAGUAAUAAUCUUACUUAUGGGCGAAUAUCACCAUCAAAACCAAUGCGACGAUCAGAAUCGUCGGAAGACGAUCAAAAAACUCCAUCGGCUAAAAUCGUGCCUAAAAAGGCAAGCACUCAAAAUCAUGCAAGAGAUUCUUCUCCAGAAACUCCUCAACGAAAUACAAAAAUCGAUUCACUAAUGAAAUCUAUACCAAUGCUUCAAAAACACUUGGAUGACUCGGAAGAGAAUGACAGUACUCGAUCGCCAAAGUCUACCCCUAAAGAGACAGAUACUCCCAGCCACGUGAGAAGAUCCCAAUCAUCAGAUGAUGAUACGAGAAAAUCACCGCCAAUAACUCACACUCAAUAUGAUUCACCUGAAGGUAAUCAAGAGAGCAGGAAAGCCAACAACGUGUCCGACGAUGCCAAAUAUUCAUCGUUUGGUUCAGAAAACAACGAUUAUAGCGACGACGACGAAGAAGAAGAUGAAUAUAGCGAUGAAAAUCGUUCAUCGGAUCAAUCAAAAAGCAAAAAGAAUUCAACUGAUUCUGGUCGAAAACCACCGGUAAAGCCACUGAAAAGAUUCGGAUCUUCCGAAGACGAAAACGUCAAUCCUACAUCGCCAACGAAGGCAAAAUCUAAUAUUUUCGACGAUGAGUAUACGCCACGAAUGUCAACUGAGCGAAACAAUCUUUUUGACACUCCAACAAAACCUUCUCAGUCAUCCGGACGUCCACUUAAAACUCAAACAACCGAAGACGAAACUAUCGAUCAAUUCUUUUCAUCCGCAACACGCGAUGAUGAACCAUCACAUCGAAGACCAUUGUCAAGUGCAGUUCAUCGCGAUAGAGAAUCGAGCCCUCCGAAUACAACAACUAGUAGACUAUUCGAGGAACUAUUCGGUGAUACUCAACGAUCUACAACAACACAGCAACCCAAUUCGAGUUCGAAAACAAAACCACGAUCUCGUUUUGAUAUUUUAGACGACGAUGACGACAAUGCGGAGUAA